AUGGGGUGGUUUAUGAAAAGAAGGGCGCGGAAGAAAUUAGGGCUUUGGGUUUGGGGGCUGGUUUCUUGCCGAUCCGUCCCUGAGGAAGCCGGAAUUGCAAGGAAGGGGUCUGAGACUGAGGAGGAAAUGGCGGCCAUGGAGGAGGUGCUCGCCCUGGUGCCGGGGUUCGUCGACAUCCUCGUCCUCGCCGGCGGCCGCGCCUCCUCCGGCGCCGCCGCCACCUGGCGCCCCGGCGACGUCCAGAAGGCCCUCCGCUGGGCGUUCUUCUUCGAGGAGGUCUUCAGGAACCUGCGUGAGUCCGGACAGUACGAGGAUUCCGCCAGAGAGUUCGACGCGGCGCUCGCCGUGCUCGCCUCAAGCCCGGGUUUCCCCAAGGGCCUCGCCGACAUGCGAUCGGAGACGCUCUCGGCGGCCACCGAGCUGGUCAUAAAGCAUUUUCUGAAAGCCGAAACAACGAGCGUGGAGAACAUCCGUGCUCUUCUCGAAGCGGUCGUGGGGAUGGAUAUCGAUGGCAUUGGUGCUGGUGGUGGGCGUGAUGCGUGCCAGCAGUAUGUGAAGUCGAUCCUGAAUAUGUAUCUGUCUGGUUUGACGCGGACCAAGAGUGGCGGCGAUGUUGGAGUUCCCACCACUAGUUCUGAUAGACUGUAUGCAGAAUCCUUGGUUGUGGGUCAUUCGCAGAUUCUGGUUAACCAGCUUCUGGAGCGGUUGGAUUCAGCAUCGUGUAUUUCUCUGGCUGAGAGAGGACUGCGCACACUUCUGGACAGCGUGAAGAACAGCUUCAGUGAUCCAGGCAGCCCAGUGAUCCCUAGAAAAUCACAAACCAUCGAGAAUUUUCUUCGGUGGAAACAGUGGAGAGGGCGGUGUUUGUCAUACUUACUUGAUGAACGCACCGUUAGGAUUGUGUCUGGAUCUAGUUUUAUCUUUAGUGCUCCCAAGGAGCAGUGGAUGAAGGUGUUUGAACCAUUAACAGUUUCUGCAGAUUCUUGUCAGAGUGGCCUCGUUGAAGUCAUGGAGAUAUGCUUGCUGGGUUUGGUUUCAAGGCGAUGGGACACAUUGAUAGAGAGCUUUGUGUCGCAUAUUUUUAGUUCCCUUCCUAUAUCCAAGCAGUAUGCUGAUCUGCACCAGUUGCUUCAGGGAACUUAUCGGGGUGAAUGCCCAGACAAGAUUCGUAAUUUGAAGGAAAAUGACAUUCUUGAGUAUGCAAGGCAGUCAUUGGAAAGUAAACCGCACAUAUUAUGGCUUCUACCUCCAGUUCUUACUGCUGCAGCAAUUCCGCCACGGUCGAGCUUGUUUGAAAUAUACCUUGCUGAAAUAGAUAAGCAAUUUGAUGAAGCUGUUUUCACAGAACGGAAAUGUAAUUGCAGAAGAGAUGGAAUAGAGCAACAUGAUAGCUGUGAGGUUGCCGAAAGGAUUCAAUGUCUCUACGCUUUCCAUGUUCAACAACCUCAUCCAAUGGUUUAG